GAGACAGAUAGGCCCCCUCCUUUGUAGGAGGGCAGUAGUGGGGAAGGAGGCCUCCCCCUUCCCCUUGUCUAUCACGUAAUUCCCACUAUGCUUACCGUUUUUCUCUCUUGCUUUCCACAACCCUUCAUUCAUCAGGGGUCCUCAGGCCUUGAGACGGGCAGUUACAGGUGCGGCGGAGUCACCGGCGUGUUUUCACGUUGACAUUUGCCGGUUGUUUCAUUGAUUUAACAAAUGGCUUCGUCCCCUGAGACUGCUCCGUCCAGCGAUUCUCCGCCAUCUCCUACGCCGUCGUCGUCGCCAUCACCACCGUCCCCUGACGCGUCUCCACCUCCUUCCGAAUUCGAUGCAUCUCCACCCUCUCCCAAUGCAUCGCCACCACCUCCGGCUGAACAGCCACCCCCUUCUCCGGCGCCAUCCGACGACUCCACGCCUCCUCCAUCACAAAGUUUAUCACCUCCUCCACCGCAAAACUCCCCGCCAUCCCCCCCUCCCCCUCCUUCCAACAAUGGUUCUCUUCCAUCACCCCCACCACCUUCGGGAAGCCGUCGGAGUCCCCCACCACCCAAUGGUGUUCCGCCACCUCCCCCACCUCGUUCUCCAUCCUCUUCUGGAGCCUUAGCACCACCACAAAGAACACCGCCGUCAGGUUCUACUAGUUCAUCGUCAGAUGAUUCAUCAUCUUCGGAUAGCUUGGCUGUUGUAGUAGGAGCAGCAGUUGGGGCAGGGCUACUCCUUAUUGCUUUGAUCCUCAUUUGUGUAACAUGCGCCAAGAGGAGGAAGAAAAGAAACCAACAGGCGAGUCAGGCGACGCAGUAUCAAUCGAAUCCAUCGGGUAAAAAUGGUGGCAAUUAUUAUAACAGUUCACAGCAAUCCAACUGGUACAACUCUUCCCAGUCAGCAGACCAUGUUGUUAAACUUCACCAACCACCAGGUGGUGGCUGGGCACCUCCACCUCCGCCAAUGAUCAGCAGUGGCGACAUGAGCUCGAAUUACUCAGGCCCUCGUCAUCCCCCAUUGCCACCCCCAUCACCAAAUCUUGCUCUUGGGUUCAAUAAGAGCACCUUCACUUAUGAGGAGCUAGCUGCUGCUACAGGCGGGUUUGCUCAGGCUAAUCUGCUGGGUCAAGGAGGGUUCGGGUAUGUGCACAAGGGCGUGUUGCCCAAUGGAAAGGAGAUUGCAGUUAAGAGUCUAAAAUCAGGUAGUGGACAAGGAGAACGGGAAUUCCAGGCUGAGGUUGAAAUUAUUAGCCGUGUCCAUCAUCGCCAUCUUGUGUCACUUGUGGGAUAUUGCAUUGCUGAUGGGCAGCGGAUGUUGGUUUAUGAAUUUGUUCACAACAAAACAUUGGAACACCACCUUCAUGUUGCAGGAAGUGGUCGACCGAUCAUGGAUUGGCCAAGUAGGAUGCGUAUUGCAUUGGGAUCGGCCAAAGGGCUUGCUUACCUUCAUGAAGACUGCCAUCCAAAGAUUAUCCAUCGUGACAUUAAAACUGCUAAUAUUCUCCUGGACUACAACUUUGAAGCCAUGGUGGCUGAUUUUGGUUUGGCUAAGCUGUCUACUGACAAUUGCACCCAUGUCUCUACACGCGUCAUGGGAACAUUUGGGUAUUUGGCUCCAGAGUAUGCAUCUAGUGGCAAGCUAACAGAGAAAUCUGAUGUUUUCUCAUAUGGGGUCAUGCUCUUGGAACUCCUAACCGGACGAAGACCUGUUGAUAACGCUAUAUUCGAAGAAAGCUUAGUAGACUGGGCUCGACCACUUCUAUCGCGUGCAUUGGCGGAGGGCAACUAUGACGAGCUGGUGGAUCGAUUCUUGGAGAACAAUUACAACACUCAGGAGAUGGCACGCAUGGUGGCUUGUGCUGCUGCCAGCAUCCGGCAUUCUGCUAAAAGACGGCCAAAAAUGAGCCAGAUUGUACGGGCAUUGGAGGGAGAUGUAUCACUGGAGGACCUAAACGAUGUGACAAAGACCAACCAGAGCCCCGCGUAUAGCACAAGUAUGAGCUCAGAAUACAACACAAGAAUCUACAACGCUGAUAUGGAGAAGUUCAAAAAGAUGGCAUUGUCGAGCCAAGAGUUUGGAAGCAGCGAGGAUGGAACUAGUGAGUAUGGGCUUAACCCAUCCUCUUCCGACAACUCCCAAGAGAUGACCCAUCGUUAAGGAAACCAGAUGGACAACCUCUAGAGAGGCCCAACUAUUGAUCAUAUUGCCAAAUACAAUUAUGUUGGUCAUCAUCAUACCCUCGAAAGAAAAAAAUUAUGUAUAUGUGAAUAAUAAUGGGGCUCAUUGUUUCUAAGCCAUUGUUUUAAUUUGGGAUGUUGGUUUUCUUCGGGAGAUUCAAAUUAAUCAAAGGUGGGGCGGGUAUUUUCAUUUAGUUGUGUUUUCUCUUGUUCUAUGGGUUUGUACUAAUGCAUGCAGAUACAUAAUCUGACUUUAUGUAUGAAGGCAGAUCUAGUUUUAAUUAUUACUUGU